UGCCCUGCUUGUCGGCGCUCAUACUGCCUCAAAUGUAAGGCGAAGUGGCAUCAGACUACUUCUUGUGAGGACAAUGCGAUGCUGAAUUCAGGUUCAAAAGAGGACAGAAAGUUCCUUGGCCUUGUUAGCAGAAAGGGAAUGAAAAAGUGCCCAUCUUGUAACUUUUGGGUUGAGAAAUCAGAAGGAUGCAACGCAAUGCGCUGCCGAUGUGGAACAACGUUCUGCUGGCGUUGU